AUCUACUUAACAUCCCAACACUAUUGUCAGUAGUGCAUAUAGAAGCUGCUCUGCUGCUAGUUAGGGUUUCUUGGAAGUAUCCUCCAAUGGGCAUCUCCUCGUCAUCUUCGAGUUUCACCUGCUGGAUAAUGUUAGUCCUUCUGGUCUUAACUCCGGCAAGUUUUGCUCCUCAGGCUGAGGCUAGGGCUUUCUUUGUUUUUGGUGACUCUCUGGUUGAUAAUGGCAACAAUAACUAUCUUGCAACAACUGCUCGAGCCGAUGCCCCUCCCUAUGGCAUUGAUACUCCGACUCAUCGAGCCACUGGCCGUUUUUCUAAUGGCCUUAACAUCCCUGACCUUAUCAGUGAGGCAAUUGGCUCAGAACCCACACAGCCAUACUUAAGUCCAGCACUCACAGGAGAAAGAUUGCUUGUGGGUGCCAACUUUGCUUCUGCUGGAAUUGGGAUUCUCAAUGACACAGGAGUUCAAUUUCUAAACAUCAUUCGAAUUUACGAGCAAUUGCAAUACUUCCAACAAUACCAGCAAAGGGUUAGCACCCUAAUUGGAGCUGAGCAAACUCAGAGACUAGUGAACGAAGCACUUGUUCUUAUGACCCUUGGAGGAAAUGACUUCGUCAACAACUACUACUUGAUUCCCUUCUCUGCUAGAUCUCGCCAAUUUUCCCUACCAAAUUAUGUGGUCUAUCUCAUCUCCGAGUACCGAGAAAUUCUAACUAGGGUAUACGAGCUGGGUGCACGCAGAGUUUUAGUGACCGGCACGGGACCUUUAGGCUGUGUUCCGGCGGAGAGAGCUAUGAGGGGCAGAAACGGAGAAUGCUCCAUCGAAUUGCAGAGAGCAACCGGCUUGUUCAACCCGCAGCUUGUACAAAUGUUAAAUAGACUGAAUCGUGAAAUUGGAUCGGACAUUUUUAUAGCUGUAAAUGCAAAUGAAAUGAGCCUGGAUUUCGUUACCAACCCUCAAGCAUAUGUUGUGAUUAUUUUUGCAGGAUUUGUGACAUCCCAGGUUGCAUGCUGUGGGCAAGGACCUUAUAAUGGGAUUGGAUUAUGCACAGCAGCAUCCAACUUGUGCCCUAAUAGAGACAUCUAUGCCUUUUGGGAUCCAUUCCACCCAACUGAGAAGGCUAAUAGAAUCAUUGUUCAAAGAAUUUUAACUGGCUCCAACAAGUAUAUGAACCCAAUGAAUCUCAGCACCAUCAUGCUUUUGGAUUCUAGGACCUAAAUAUUACCCAUUAGUCUUUCUAUUUGAUUAUGUCAUGGACAAACUUAUAUUCUUUAAUAUGGUCCAUUGAUAAUUAGUUUUUUUU